AUGGCUCUAAAGCACUGGAUUAUACAUUAUACCUGCCGUAUAACUCAUGCAUCACCCACAAAGUUACAAGAAAUUUCUUCUUUCCCCAUCGAUGAAAUCCUCUCCAUGCAAAUUCCGCAAUCCAAUCGAUCAUUAAUCGAAAACCUAAAUGUGUUUCUUCGUAUCAAGCCACAAAAAAUUGUUGAGAAUUCUAGGCCCAGAAGUAAAAACGUUUGGCCCCAAAAUCCAGCUAAGAAGAAAGCACUGAAAGAGAAAAAUGAGAAGAAAAAAAGCGAAGCUUGUGUAACAGUUAAUGAUCCUCAUUCCGUGACACUAUCACCUCCGUUGGCCUUGCAGGCGUCUAAACGGAUAAAGUCUGAGGUUUAUGAAGGCUUUUCCUGCGUAUUUUCCGCCAAUUCAUCACAGGGUGAAGUGUACGAGAGGAUGGUGAGUCCUUUGGUGGAGGAAUUUUUAACAGGUAAAAGUGGAAUGUUGGCUGCACUGGGACCUAGUGGCUCUGGCAAGACUCAUACAAUUUUUGGCACACCCAGGGAGCCCGGUAUGAUUAUGCUUGCGCUACAACGGAUUUUCAAAAAAACUACCGAGAGUUCUUCUGAUUCGCCAAGAUUCUACCUAUCUAUUUUUGAAAUAUACUCUGAAAGAGGGAAAGGGGAGAAAAUGUUGGAUUUAUCCCCAGAUGGAACAGAUCUGAGCAUGCAGCAGUCAAGUAUUAAAGGUCUAAAGGAGGUUAUCAUUAAUGAUGCAGCACAGGCAGAAUCCCUGAUAGCUUGUGCAAUGCUGAAACGUGCCACAGCUACUACAAAUUCAAACAGCCAAUCAAGUCGGUCACAAUGCAUCAUUAACAUUCGCUGCACUGGGAACAACCUUGACCGAGAAGGUUUCAUUCAAGAAAAUAAUUCUGUCUUAACUAUUGUAGAUCUUGCUGGAGCUGAAAGAGAGAAAAAGACCGGGAAUCAGGGUUCAAGAUUGCUUGAAAGUAAUUUUAUCAACAAUACAUCAAUGGUUUUUGGCCUAUGCCUUAGGUCAUUGUUGGAGCACCAAAAAAAUCCCAAGAAGCCUUUGCAGAAGCACUUCCAGAACUCUUUGUUGACUAGGUACCUGCGAGAUUAUUUGGAAGGAAAGAAGAGGAUGGCACUGAUUUUAACUGUAAAAUCAGGAGAAGAAGACUACCUUGAUACUUCCUACUUGCUCAGACAAGCUUCACCAUAUAUGAAAAUUAAGUUUGAUAAUGUUGAGGACGUGUCCAACAUGGUCUGUAACAAGAGACCUCUUCAAACAUUAUCUAGAAUUGAGCAGCCCAAAAGAAUGAAAGUUAGUGGUCCUGAAGCUUCUUUGAUUGAAGAAAAGAGCAUCGGGAAGAAAGACAAACUUCCUGAUAAAGAGGCCAAAUUUGACACUAAGGACUGCACACCUCUAAAUUUUGAUUAUGUUGAUUUGGCAAAGAAAGAAAGAAACAAUCAGAUCAUGCAAAAUUUUGCUAAGGCUUUAUGGAGUGUUUUGAAGCAGCACAAUGAAAAACUUAAGGUGGCAGAAAUUGAAAUAGAGAACCUCAAAGUAAAUCUAAGCAAUGAAAAGACAAGAAAUCUUGAGCUAGUUAAAGAGCUUAAGGAUUUGAGGUCCUGCUGUACUUGUACCAAGGAGAGUUCAUCGGAGACAACUUUUGCUAAAGUACUUACCAAGUUUGAAUCUGAAAUAGAAUUAGAGGGAAAUAAAUUUAGUGAAGUUUGUGAGAUCAAUGUGGAUGCUUAUUCACCAAACCAAAAGGAACCAAUGUGCAAUCUCAGUCCCAUUGUUUAUGAUCCCAGUCCGGGACAGAAACAAGAUCUACUAUCUCAGGGGAGAUGUUCUACUCUUGAAGUGGUCAAUACUUCAUCACUUUCCGUUGAAAACUCUAAUGAUCCGAAUUAUCAGAACGAGCCAGAAUGCAAAACACCUGUUCAAGAGUGCCUGUACCAGACAUCUGAAAUCAUUUCUAGAAAUGAUGAGGAUUUAAACGAGUGUGACCACACGGCAGAACGUAAUCCUCCAAAUCUUGAUAUGGCAGAUUUUGUGGUUAGCUCUUCCCAGUCUCAUGUCAUUGUUAGUGAUGACGCCUCUUCAUCAGUGGAACUAGUUCAAUCGCAAAGUGAGAAGGAAGAGGAAUCAUUGCAUUCAUCAAUGUCCCCAAAGCAAGUUGCAUCUGCAAAAGGGAGCAACAAAGUUUGCCUACCACAUAAUGAACCAAGUCUAGAUACUUACGAAAAACCUUUGAAUAUGCAGAAACCGAAAAGGAGACUUUUGCCUGCCUCAUCCAUCUUACUGAGGGAUAUGAGUGCCUUUGAUGUUGAGGAUGAGAUUGAAAAACCAAAGGGGAAUAGAAAUGCGAAGAAGUUAGAGGCUAAGGGAGGGAAAAGAACUGAAGGUAGCAUGUCUUUAUUGCGGUUGCUUAAGAACAAUCUUAAUAUCUAGAUAGUCACUUAUUAUAAUUGUAAGAAAACUCAGCUUUUGUAAAGGUGGGCCAUUUUGUUUGACGGGUCUGUGCUAUGAUUUGAGGUGAUAUGUAAUCUAAAACAGUUGAUGCCAAUACACUUUUGGACUGAAUUUUCAACUGUGUUGUCAUGCGCAUGCUGCACUCUCUUAAGCACGCAUAGCCAUUGGUGUUCAAAUUUGAGAUUUGUAAAGUUUUCUUACUGCUUGUUAAGAUACUGUUAGU